UCCAAUCAAUCCAAGAAAUAGCUUCCGUGGUUUUCCAUGUCUUAUUUUCUUGGAAUAUUUUUGUAGAUUUUUUUAAUUACUUUAGUAGAUCUAAGUAGUUAUGGAAUAAAUUACAUUUAUUUUGUGUGUGACUAAAAAUAUCGAGGGUGUUAAAAUCAGUGAAUGAAUAUGGCUUGACCACUGUGUUUACAAUAACACUAUCAUAGGUAUAGGUAUUACAAUGAUGGGAAGAAUUUGUGUUUCAUUUCUUUUAUGUUUAUUAAGUAUAACGUGGAUCACUGGUUCGACUCGAGUUACUGUUUACCAAGGAGAUAGUUUACCUGACCAUGGACGAUGCGAGCCAAUAACUAUUCCAUUCUGUCAGCAAAUCAGAUACAACCAAACAAUAUUUCCCAACAUUUUAAAUCAUGCUAAACAAGAAGAUGCUGGCCCAGAGGUAUACCAAUUUACUCCUCUCAUAAAAAUAAAUUGCUCACCAGAUUUGAAAUUUUUUUUAUGUUCAGUAUAUGCUCCAGUUUGCACUAUCUUAGAUCAAGCCAUUCCACCAUGUCGUCAUCUGUGCGAAUCUGCUAGGCACAAUUGUGGUGAUUUAAUGAGCCAUUAUGGUCUCCCAUGGCCAGAACAUCUGGAAUGUUCCAAGUUUCCUGUAGCUACUGAUGAAAAUGUAAUAUGUGUCGGAGAUAAUAAUGUUACUCAUGAAUCUCAUAAACCUAUAGAACAUAGACCACCAAGAGGUGAAUAUCCGUCUAAUACUGGUAGAGAUAACACAAAAACACAUUAUACGAAAAACUAUGGAUUUGUUUGCCCAGAACAAUUUAAAGUACCUAAAAAUUUAGACUUGGAAUACUCACUAAAAGUUGGGCAAAAAGUAGAGCAAGAUUGUGGAGUACCAUGUAAUCGCAUGUUCUUCAGUGAAAAUGAAAGAAACUUCUCAAGACUAUGGAUUGGGAUUUGGGCUACUCUUUGCACUGUGAGCUGCUUAUUCACAGUCCUAACUUUUCUUAUCGAUACUGACAGAUUUAGAUACCCAGAGAGACCCAUAAUUUUCCUAUCAGUUUGUUAUCUUAUGGUAGCAAUAGCUUAUGUGAUGGGCUGGAGUGCAGGUGAUAGUAUCAGUUGUCAAGGCCCUUUCCCAUUUGCCAUAAGUGGAACCAGAACCAAUAUAUCUGUUAUUACACAAGGUACAAAACAUGAACCAUGCACAAUUCUUUUUAUGAUUGUGUAUUUCUUUAGUAUGGCAUCUAGUAUCUGGUGGGUCAUUUUAACCCUUACAUGGUUCUUGGCUGCUGGUCUCAAAUGGGGACAUGAAGCAAUAGAAGCAAACUCUCAAUAUUUUCAUUUAGCUGCUUGGGCUGUUCCUGCUAUCAAGACUAUAUCCAUUUUGGCAAUGGGAAAAGUAGACGGUGAUGUAUUAUCUGGCGUAUGCUAUGUUGGAUUAUGGGAUGCGGAAGCUCUACGAGAAUUUGUUUUAGCUCCACUUUGUGUGUACCUUGUACUUGGAACAGUUUUUUUAAUGGCUGGGUUUGUUUCACUGUUCCGAAUAAGAACUGUAAUGAAGCAUGAUGGCACCAAAACAGAUAAAUUGGAAAAAUUGAUGAUAAGAAUUGGUGUUUUUGGAGUUUUAUACACAGUGCCAGCUUUAAUUGUUAUUGUUUGUUUGUUUUAUGAACAAGCUCAUUUUAAUAACUGGAUGGUAACAUGGCAUCGGACUAUGUGUGGCAUUAAAGAGUAUGCCAUACCUUGUCCCAUAUUACAGAGGGAAAUAGAAAAACCAAAAUUUGAAAUGUUUAUGAUAAAGUACCUCAUGACAAUGAUAGUCGGGAUUACAUCUAGUUUCUGGAUUUGGUCUGGCAAAACACUUAAAUCAUGGCACCAAUUUUUUGAUAAAAUAAAAGGAAGAAGAGUCGAAGCAUAUGUAUGAAUGUCUUUCAUUGUUGCAGUAAUUUAGCACUUUGAAAGUAGUUCUAACGUAAAAUUGGAGAAAUGAUCAUAGAUUGUGCCAGCUAUAUUUUGAUGGAACAAAUUGAAAUUAAAAGUAAGGCUGAUAUUGUAAAUAAUUCUCAU